AUGAGCUGUGAUCCCCCGCUUUCAUGUGUUGCAAUUCCUCGAGCUAUCAUUCAUUCGGCCAUGGUGGAAUAUGAAAGCACAAGUUUGCUACGGGUCUCCUUCAAAUUAACCAGUAGUUUGGCCCAAGGAACAAGAUGUGGAAGGUUCAAGCCAGUUGGAAAAUUUGGCUCGUGGGCCACAAAACUCAAAGAAACGGAUAGGAUUCUUUCGAAGAUUUUGGUGGCGAUAGUGAAGAUUAGUAUAUUGUUUGCUACAGAUGAGGAAUUUUCGGAAAAGGAUGAUGCUGUUGCUUGGGUGAAAGGCAUGGACAUCGCAAAUGGUGUUCUGAUGAGAUGCUGUAAAGGGGGAAAGGUGUCAGUUGAUGAUGAAAUUGAUCAGCAGUACACGUUUCAUCAAAUUAAUGGCGAACUAAUGGACUUGGUUACUUCGAAGAAGUACAUUCUCAGGGUGAAAACGCACUGCGGGAAAUGCGAGAGCAAGCUGAAGAAAUAUAUAUUAGGAAUUGCAGGAAUCAGUUCUGCAAAGAUGGAUGAGAAGCAAGGAACCAUGACUAUUUCAGGCAGCCUGGAUCCUUUCUUCAACUAUAUGAUGCUAAUCGAAAAAGGGUUCGGCCUAAAGACCGAACUUUUGUGGGAGCAAAAAAAACCUCCUCCCUCAACAAAUAAUGGGGGCAGCAACUCUUCACAAGAUGAGGUUAAUGCAGCUAAAUCAAGAAAGCUUGAUGAUCAUCAUGAUCCGCGAGUCAUUGUUGUGAUAGCCCAACAGGAAAAUCUCUCAGGGACCAAAGUGUUGGAAUCGGUUGAAAUCAAGUUGAGUUUCAAAUCCCACAACGGUGAUAUGAUCGGUAACAAGAAUGUGGAGCUAAUAAUUAAUCAGAAAGAGGUUGACAAUAAUUCUGACCACCAUCAAAAGGCUAAAACCUCCGUUAAUACCGCUUCCGCCGCGGCCGGCGGCGGGCUUUGUGGUGCAUCUACUUCUUGUUGUGGCAAUCAUCAUCAUCACCACCGUGUUGUGGAUGUGGAUCAGAAUCCGAACAAGGGAUUUGUUUGUGGUUUCUGUGGGAAUCAUGCGGCUACAGGUUAUCCCAUCUUUUACAUGGGGCCGAAUGGUGGUGGAUUUGUUACUCCGCCGGGGCCGCCACCGCCGUGGUACGGUGGUUAUAGUCCAUCGGCCCCUCCUAUGGGUGGGUCUGGAUACUAUGAUUAUUAUUACCCACAUCCUCCUCCUCCGGGAAGCGACACUUCAUUUUUUAAUCAUUUCAGUGAUGAAUAUCCUUCCGGCAGCUGCCACAUUAUUUAA